AGGUUCUUUUAAUGUAAAUAAAUCUAAAUUCUAGCAAUGUUUACAUCAAAUCUCAUAUCAAGAUCUAAAUAUCUGUUUGGAAGUUUUAUAAAUAGGCAUGAUACUAAUUUAUUUAGAUAUUAUGCGAAAUUUAAAGACGAUAACAAAGAUUGUAGGAAAGCUAUAGUAGACAUACCACCCAAAAAGGAUGAAGUUUGUCCCGGACCUUGUGAGAGGAGGAAGAAAAAGAAGGGGAUACUGCACAGGAUAAAAUUGAAAAUUAUUGAAGGGGGAACUAACUUUGGAACGCCAUUUCGUGAAUUGCGUUGUGAAAAAACGAAGAAGGAGGGCAAAGAGGAAACGGCGCCACAGAUUGUGCCGGAGGGUCAGAAGGCGCUGCCCGCUCCCGUACGCGAGCCGCUCCCGUUGCCCGCGCCGCGCCCCGGGGUUCAAGUAUCGGUGCUUGGCGCUGAGACCACCGUAGGCCAGUACACCGCGCUUUUGCUAAAGCAAUGCCCUUGUAUAAAAAAACUACGCCUAUACGAGGCGCGUUGUCCGCUGCCGAAUUGCGAUCGCGACCUGUGCCAGGUGGUGGAUGACCUGCAGCACAUCAAUACCAACUGCCACAUCCAGGCGUUCAGUUGUAGCUGCUGCGACCUGGAAAGAUGCUUGCAGAAUACGGAUUUAGUGCUUGUUAUGGACGGAGCUUGCAGCACGGAUUCAUACGAGAAACGAUUCACCGACCAAGCGGCGAUGGUGAAGCGAUACGCAGACGUGAUCGCUAAUGAGUGCCCUAAGGCGUUCAUCAUAGUUGGCGCUACGCCUAUCGACUGCAUGGUACCUUUAAUGGCUAAGGCGUUAUCAGACAUGGGUUGGUACAGUCCCCGUCGUCUCUUAGGGUCCUUGGCUGUGCCGGAGAUGAGGGCAAGUACUCUAGCCGCGAGGGCGUUGUGCCUGGACCCCUCCUACUGCAAGGUGCCCUGCGUCGGUGGAACCGAAGGCGACGCUUUGGUGCCGUUAUUCUCCAAAGCUGUUGAAUACUUUGAUUUCACUAGGCAUAACGCUGAAAUGCUAACGGAGACAGUGCGCUCGUCUCCAGCGGCGGUGACCAGGUCUGACGGCGACUGCUUGCGCGCAGCGGAGCUGAGCGAGGCGCAUGCACUAGCGGGUUUGGUUUCCAAGGUCGCUAAUGCCCUCAUCUGUGCAGAUAUACCGCAUGUUACUGGAUACUGUCAGAUGAACCCGGGACAGGUUAUAUGCAGCUCUAGAUUCAUAGCCAACUUGGUGGAGAUUAACGGAUCAGGGAUCACGAAGAACUUUGGAUUACCUCAGCUAUCGGAUACAGAAAUCACGCUAAUGAAUGUAGCGAUGAACGAAUUAUGUUACAAAGAACGACUGGUCUGCGAGUGGUACAAUAAAUACUGUAGCUCUUCCUGUCGAUUAGAAGCUUCCCAGUUGCACUUCUUUACCCCGAAACAUUAUGAACGGUUUGAUGAUUGCGCAUAUGCCAAUAUGUAACAAACCAAUAUACCAAGAACUUAUAUCCGUCCGUCUGUGAUAAUGUUGAAAUAGAAUCGGUAUUCAUUUGUUAUUUUUUAUUAUUGUUAUAUUUAAUUAAUUGCUAUUUUUAUUUGUACUAAAAAUCUUAAUGUUAUUUGUAAAAUUAAAAGUAAAUUUUUAUGAGAAAUUAAGUGUUUUGGCGAAAUUGCAGUUACAAGGUGGUAAUAUUGAAAAACAAUCAUAAAUUUAACAUAUUUUAUUAUAACCACAUCUAUUCUAAACCGUCAAAUACAUUUAAUUAGCAUUUACAAGAUUUAGAGCGUGCACACCUGUAACUAAAAUAUCGCACAAUUGUUAAGUCUUGCUUUGCUUUCUAUGAGAUUUUACGAAGGUCGAUUUUUUAGUCAGGCAACUGAACAGUUAAAUUGGUUGCGAAACAAUUGAUAAUCGUACAACGGUUGUGCGAUAGUUUAGUCAAAGGUUUGCGCGCGCUCUAAAAGAUAUUCGAAGAUAAUAAACUUUUCAAUCCUC